AUGAUAAGCCGAAACACCAAAAAUGUCCUUGUGGUUUCUUUUGGAUUUUUGUUCUUAUUCACAGCGUAUGGAGGGCUGCAAAGUUUACAGAGCAGUCUGAACGCUGAAGAGGGUAUGGGCGUUAUAUCUCUCAGUGUCAUAUAUGGAGCUAUUAUUUUAUCCUCCAUGUUUCUGCCUCCCAUUAUGAUCAAAAACCUGGGCUGUAAAUGGACCAUUGUUAUUUCUAUGGGCUGCUAUGUGGCAUAUUCUUUUGGAAACCUGUCGCCAGGAUGGGCGAGUCUCAUGAGCACCUCUGCCAUUCUGGGUUUGGGAGGUUCACCGCUGUGGUCUGCGAAGUGUACAUAUCUCACCAUAAGUGGAAACAUUCAGGGCCAGAAGGACAACAAGAAAGGCCAGGAUGUCAUCAACCAAUACUUUGGAGUCUUUUUCUUCAUUUUUCAAUCUUCUGCGGUGUGGGGAAACCUUAUGUCAUCGCUGAUAUUCGGACAAGAUUCUAACAUAGCUGAAAUCCCCGAGGAGAACCUGCCGUACUGUGGUGCGGCGUUAUGCAUGGAGAAUUUUACUUCCACUGGAAAUACAACACGACCAGCAAAACGUCUAGUGGACACGCUGCUGGGCUGUUAUAUAGGUGUGGGGCUUCUGGCUAUUAUUUUUGUGGCAGUGUUCCUGGACAACAUCGACCGAGAUCUGGCCAGAGAAUUUCGUCAAAACAAAGGAAAUAAAUCCUUCUGCAGCACUUUUCUGGCUACCUUUACACUUCUGAGAGAUCCAAAAUUAUUGAUGCUCAUUCCAUUGACCAUGUACAGCGGGUUUGAACAAAGUUUCCUCGCUAGUGAAUACACAAAGAACUAUGUAACAUGUGCGUUGGGGAUACAUUAUGUUGGUUUUGUGAUGAUCUGCUUCGGGGCUGCAAAUUCUCUCUGUUCAUUUGCUUUUGGACGACUGGCAGCGUACACGGGAAGAAUUGCCCUCUUCUGCUUGGCUGCAGUGACAAACCUGGGCUGUUUACUGGGUUUGUUGUACUGGAAACCUCAUCCGGAUCAGUUGCCCGUGUUCUUUGUGUUUCCUGCUCUGUGGGGUAUGGCAGAUGCUGUGUGGCAAACACAAACCAACGCACUGUACGGUGUUCUCUUUGCCGAACAUAAAGAAGCUGCGUUUGCAAACUACCGCAUGUGGGAAUCACUGGGAUUUGUUAUAGCCUUCGCAUAUAGCACAUACAUCUGUCUGUCUACCAAGAUUUACAUUGUUCUGGCUGUUCUAGCGCUUACCAUGGUAACUUACCUUUACGUUGAGUACAAUGAGUACAAGCUUCCAACUGCACAAGUGAGUUAUGACAUGUAUAAUCCAGAAAAGGCUGACCUAAAAGAUAUGAAUGAGAAAUAUGUUAAGCAGACACAGCUAUAAAAACAGAGUGAA